AUGGCUCCCAAGUUCAAAGAUGGGGAUGCCGUUGUGGCGAUCAGUGGUAAAUGGGUGUCAUGGACACAUACAGCGGUCGCCUAUACGGCAUUCCUGAGCGCUCUUGUAGUGGGAAUGUCCCUGCAUUUCCACAAGAUCGUGCAGAACGAACACUAUGGAUAUCCGGAUGAAUGGUUCCCAUCUGUGUCAGCUACGAUUGGGGAUCGGUACCCGGAACGCUCAUUCUUUCAAGUCUUCAUCGCCAUUACCUCCGGUCCUCGAUUCGCUCUCGUUUUCCUUUGGUACCUUCUUACUGCACGGCCUAACUCGACUCUUCCCAAGAUCGUUGCUGGUGUUGGGCUGUUCCGGACUUUCACCUGUGGUGGUUGGACAUAUGUCACGUCUACCGAUGACCAUGACUGGCAUGAUAUCUUCAUGAUCUCUUACCUCGUCGCGACAUUGCCUUGGACCCUCGGUUGCCUGGCACUCAGCCCCAACAAUCGCCGCGCCGUGAAAUACAGAAAGAUCAUGGCAGGACUGUUCUUUGGCACCCUAGUACCAUUGAUCUACUACUUCAUCCAACACAAGGUGCACAAGGUUGCUGGUGCAUACACGAAAUAUGCCUUCUUCGAGUGGUCUCUCAUCUUGUUCGACGUGGGAUUCGAUGCGGUUACGGCAUUGGACUUUGAUGCAUUUGAGAUUGUGGUGAGGGACGUGAAAGGGGUUAGCAGAGGGCAGUUGAAGACCACUGCGGACUCUGUUCUUGAGAAAGAGAAGGGCAAGCCUGUUGGAAACACCUUUGGCGAGGGUUUCUUCUGGUCUGAAGUCCUGGACGCCGCCGCAGACGUCUACAACGGGUACGUCUUCUGGUCCAUGGCGACUGCUCUCGGACUUCUUGUUUGGUAUUUCCCUCUUUGGCACAUGGGUAUCUCUGGGUAUGAGGCCGCUAUUAUCGCGUACAUGUCACCUCUCCUUCUAGCAAUCCCUACUCUGAAGACCGCGGUGGCCAAGUACCCACGACUUUUCCACUUUCUGUCACUUUCUGGACUGCUCGCCUACAAGGUGCAGAAUCCUACCAACAGACUCUUCGUCACUACUUUCAGUGUUGCCUGCAAUGCUCUUACAUGGUCCGGUAUUUUCCACGCGGAGAAGACCCAGAGCUCCCGCUUGGAGUCUCGGAUCCUUGCCUGGGGCAUCGGUCUGAUCAUGUCUAGCGUCGCCAAAUUUGCAUGCAGCACCAACAAUCCUGUCUGGCCCACUAUGCAUGCGGAGAACGGUGGAUGGAACAAAAUGGGUCUGCUCCUUGGUAUCUUGGCUGUUCUCCGAUCUCACAGGAAGCCUGUACCAAGUGGAGGGGACUAUUUCCCCUCUACCGGCAAGAAAGGUCCUUCCCUGUUGGCCGCAUUCGGUAUGGGUGGCCUUCUGUUCGCCAUGCACUCUCUUCUGUCUGAUUCCAGCACCAUGAUUUCGUGGGUCUGGGAGGGAUAUCCGGUGAGAGGACCGAUCGCCGUGCCUCACGGUGUGCUUACAAUCUUCGCAAUGGGGGCCGGUCUCGUAUAUGGUCUCUUCUGCCCUCGCGUCGCUGGAAGCUGGACUGCUUUCGGUAUCGGUUCCCUCGGAGCUGCGCUACUUACAUGUUACAGCCACUGGACUGGAUUCUAUGGCGGCUUGGUCCUUGCGUUUUAUGUCAUGGCCGUUGCCCCCGUUUUGGUCUCUUCGGCUGCUCGUCAUUCUCCCGCCACAACGUUCGGUCUCGGAGGCCUUGUCUACGUCUUCCUGAUCCUCUUCCACGUAUGGGUUGUUGCUUAUGCGUUUGUUCCCGGCGGUCCGCUUGUUAGAGAGCACACAGACUGGCUCGUGGCCUCCACUAUGAUCUCCAUCGGGGCUGGAGUCUUUUCUGCCGCAAUUACAAACUCUUCUACCCCGAAGGCCAAAACCAUCAACCCGAACGGCAGGAGGCAGCGGUCGUACUACGUAUAUGUCCUCGCCGUUCUGCAGCUUCUUUCUAUUGCCAUAGCAUAUCUGCGAUUCCCAACCAACGACUACACACCGUAUCAUAAGGAGGACAAGGUUGCCACCCUCGGUAUCUGGACGGUUCACUUCGGUCUCGACAACGAUAUGUGGUCUUCUGAGCGACGUAUGCGCGAUGUCAUCAAGGAGCUUGAGAUUGACGUGAUCGGUCUGCUGGAAUCUGACACCCAGCGCAUCAUCAUGGGUAAUCGCGACAUUAGUCAAGUUUUGGCGGAAGAAUUGGGCAUGUAUGCAGAUUUCGGACCUGGUCCCAACAAGCAUACAUGGGGCGCUGCUCUACUCUCAAAGUUUCCCAUCGUCAACUCAACCCACCAUCUGCUUCCUUCGCCCGUUGGAGAACUGGCGCCCGCUAUUCACGCAACUCUGGAUAUGUAUGGUGAGCUAGUGGACGUCGUUGUCUUUCAUUCUGGACAGGAGGAAGACCCCGAAGACCGUCGCCUACAGUCCCAGUAUCUGGCAAAACUCAUGGGCGAGUCCCCUCGUCCGAUGGUUUUGCUGAGCUAUCUGGUCACCAAGCCCCUUGAAGGCAACUACAACACGUAUGUCAGCGAGCUCAGUGGCAUGAAGGACAUCGACCCUACAGACUGGGACCGGUGGUGCGAAUACAUUCUCUACAAGAGACUGAAGCGGACAGGCUACGCCAGAAUCAGUCGGGAUAGUAUUACUGAUACUGAGAUUCAGGUUGGCAAAUUCGUCAUCGGAGAGCCCGAGCCCGAGAACGAAGUGCGCAUUCCCGAGGAGAUGAUCGCUGAGGGCCGUCGAUUCCCCGCGAUGUUCCGUGGCCAGGGUGUCCGUGGUCACCGUUACCACGUUUUCGAUGAGCCAAGAUACUGGCAAUAG